CCACACACAGGUGCCAGAGAGGGAGGACGCAGAGACGGAAGCGCCAUGGACGGAGGAUCCCGCACCUGAGCUUUGGUCUGCUUGGUCUGGACUUUCUUCUCUGAGAGGCUGACGGAGAGAACCUGACGGACAGAUGAGAACGUGACGUCCCUCUCUGGAUUGUCACCGCCGAACUCCUGACCAACUUGUGACGACUCCAGCCCGUCAUCGUCCAGGCCACAGAUCUGAUCGGAUGGUUUUGUCAGAAUGACAGCCGAAGACCCUGCAAACUCUUCAACCAUGAGCAACAAUACCGCCUCCAAGUCCACCGCUGCGUCCCACCCUGCUCUCCUUGCGCAGAACCCCAUUGUCGAAGGUGUCGUGGGCACCCCCAACGAGGCCGCCCUGGUGGCCUUGAUGGAGCGCACGGGCUACACCAUGGUCCAGGAGAACGGCCAACGUAAAUACGGGCCUCCGCCUGGCUGGAACGGCCCGUCGCCACAGAGAGGAUGCGAGAUUUUUGUGGGCAAGAUCCCAAGAGAUGUUUAUGAGGAUGAGCUGGUGCCCGUGUUUGAGUCUGUGGGACGCAUCUACGAGAUGCGCCUGAUGAUGGACUUUGACGGGAAGAACCGAGGCUACGCGUUUGUGAUGUACACUGAAAAACACGAGGCCAAACGAGCCGUGCGGGAUCUCAACAACUACGAGGUACGGCCCGGCCGGCUCCUGGGCGUUUGCUCCUCUGUGGACAACUGCCGUCUGUUCAUCGGCGGUAUCCCCAAGACCAAAAAGCGGGAGGAGAUCCUGGAGGAGGUCUCCAAAGUGACGGAGGGCGUGCUGGAUGUGAUCGUUUACGCCAGCGCCGCCGACAAGAUGAAGAACCGCGGCUUUGCCUUCGUAGAAUACGAGUCGCACCGCGCUGCCGCCAUGGCCCGUAGGAAACUGAUGCCCGGGCGCAUUCAGCUCUGGGGCCAUCAGAUCGCAGUCGACUGGGCGGAGCCAGAAAUUGACGUGGAUGAAGAUGUUAUGGAGACAGUGAAGAUCCUUUACGUCAGGAAUCUCAUGAUGGAAACCAGCGAGGAAACGAUCAAACAGGUCUUCAGCCAGUGGAACCCAGGCUGCGUAGAACGAGUGAAGAAAAUCCGCGACUACGCUUUCGUUCACUUCACCACCCGGGACGAUGCGGUGCUGGCCAUGGACCACCUCAACGGGACAGAGGUGGAGGGCUCGUGCAUCGAGGUGACCCUCGCCAAGCCGGUGGACAAAGAGCAGUACUCCCGGCAGAAGGCCUCAAAGGGGGGUUCUGCCGCUCCGGAAGCCCCGCAGCAGAACUACGUCUACCAGUGUGACCCCUACACGCUGGCCUACUACGGCUAUCCCUACAGCACCCUCAUCGGACCCAACAGAGACUACUUUGUCAAAGCAGGUACUGUGCGAGGCCGUGGUCGCGCCACCACAGGUAACCGUACCCCUGGUCCCCGGGGGUCGUACCUGGGGGGUUACUCUGCCGGUCGUGGCAUCUACAGCCGCUACCACGAGGUGGCGUUGCCCGCUCUGGCCGGGCAGUACCCCAUGUUCAGCGCGGCGCCUGCAGCCAAGCUGAUGGAGGAGGGUAAAGUGCACCCCAUGGAGCACCUGAUGAACCCUCUGGCCUUGCAGCACCCGGAACACACGGCCGCCCCUGCUGCUGCCGCCACCGUGCUGCCGGUGUCCACUCCUCCCCCUUUUCAGGGUCGCCCCAUCACUCCCGUCUACGCCAUGGCCCACAGCGUGCCCCGCAUCUCAGCGGCGGCGGCCGGCGGCCUCUACGGCGCGAGUUACAUCCCCAUCACAAACUACGCCGCCAACACGGCGGCUCUGGCCGCCCUGCAGAAGAACGCGGCGGUGGCGGCCGCGGCGUACGGAGGCUACGCCGGCUACGCCGUGCCGCAGGCCUUCCCCGCCGCCGCCUUCCAGAUGCCCCUCCCAGACAUCUACCAGUAUUGAUGCGCCCGCCGUGAGUCCCAGGGCCUUCUCCUGCUGCUGCCUGGCACUGCAUCUUUGGGACUUCACACACGCCAUCUUGUCCACACAGGUGGUCUACUUAUGUGUGUGUGGGGGGGGGGGGCAACAUCUCUCACCCCCCCGCCAGCAUCAGUUGCUAUAGCAACAAGACCUGAAGGUACAUUGAAGUAUUUAUGAAGAGAAGACAUAUUUAACUUGGAGGAUUAUUAAUACUCUCAGAUAUUCAAUACUAAACAUAUUAUUCAGACUAAAGGACCUUCUAGAACACGGGUGUCAGACUCUGAGGGCCACAUCGUUUUUAUGGGCCGCUUGGAACCCGGAAGAAUUGAUGAAUAUACAAGUCACCCCAUGACAUGAUUACACCAUUGUCUGGGCCACAUGUGUCAUACUCAAGACCGAACCUGGCCCGCCACAUCAAAUUAUGUGAUAUGCCUCGUUAUUUUAUGUGGCCUGCCGCAUCAUUUUAUGUGAUAUGCCUCAUUUUUAAGUGGCCUGCCACAUCAUUUUAUGUGAUAUGACACAUUAAUUUUAAGUGGCCUGUGAUAUGACGCAUUAAUUUUAAGUGGCCUGCCACAUCAUUUUAUGUGAUAUGCCUAUCCACCCAUCCAUUUUCUACCGCAUGUGUAUGACGCAAUAUUUACAUGGCCUGCCACAUAAUUUUAUGUGAUAUGCCACAUUAAUUUAUAUGGACCGCCACAUGAUUUUAUGUGAUAUGCCUCAUUUUUAAGUGGCCUGCCACAUCAAUUAAUGUGAUAUGACACAUUAAUUUAUGUGGCCUGCCACAACAUUUUAUGUGAUAUGACGCAUUUAUUUUAAGUGGCCGGCCACAUCAUCUUAUGUGAUAUGACGCAAUAAUUUAUGUGGCCUGCCACAUCAUUUUAUGUGAUAUGCCACAUUAAUUUAUAUGGACCGCCACAUCAUUUUAUUUGAUAUGCCUUGUUAAUUUAUGUGGCCUGCCGCGUAAUU